GAAGGCAAGCGCCUCACCUGAAGGCCUCACUCUUCUUUCGCCCCUGCACAGCACUGGGACAGCGAGGUCAAACGCAAGCCGAGGACCGCCUCUUCAAACACCUCUUUGGGGGCUACAAUCGCUGGGCGCGGCCUGUGCCCAACACCUCAGACGUGGUGAUAGUGCGCUUUGGCCUGUCCAUCGCCCAGCUCAUUGAUGUGGACGAGAAGAACCAGAUGAUGACCACCAAUGUCUGGCUAAAGCAGGAAUGGAACGACUACAAGCUGCGCUGGAACCCGGCUGAGUUUGGCAACAUCACGUCUCUCCGGGUCCCUUCUGAGAUGAUCUGGAUCCCCGACAUUGUCCUCUACAACAAUGCCGACGGGGAGUUUGUGGUGACGCACAUGACCAAGGCCCACCUCUUUUUCACGGGCACCGUGCACUGGGUGCCCCCCGCCAUCUACAAGAGUUCAUGCAGCAUCGACGUCACCUUCUUCCCCUUCGACCAGCAGAACUGCAAGAUGAAGUUUGGCUCGUGGACCUACGACAAGGCUAAGAUCGACCUGGAGCAGAUGGAACAGACAGUGGACCUGAAGGACUACUGGGAGAGUGGCGAGUGGGCCAUCAUCAAUGCCACGGGCACCUACAACAGCAAGAAGUACGACUGCUGCGCUGAGAUCUACCCCGAUGUCACCUACUACUUCGUCAUCCGGCGGCUGCCCCUGUUCUACACCAUCAACCUCAUCAUCCCCUGCCUACUCAUCUCCUGCCUCACGGUGCUCGUCUUCUACCUGCCCUCGGACUGCGGCGAGAAGGUCACCCUGUGCAUCUCCGUGCUGCUGUCCCUCACCGUCUUCCUCCUGCUCAUCACCGAGAUCAUCCCUUCCACCUCCCUGGUCAUCCCCCUGAUCGGCGAGUACCUGCUCUUCACCAUGAUCUUUGUCACCCUGUCCAUCGUCAUCACUGUCUUUGUGCUCAACGUCCACCACCGUUCCCCCAGCACCCACAACAUGCCCCACUGGGUGCGGCUGGCCUUCCUGGGCCGCGUGCCCCGCUGGCUCCUGAUGAACCGGCCCCCGCCACCCUUGGAGAUCCAGGACCCGCCAGACCUGAAGCUCAGCCCCUCCUAUCGCUGGCUGGAGACCAACGUGGAUGUGGAGGAGAGAGAAGAGGAGGAGGAGGAAGACCGGUGGGUGUGUGCAGGCCAUGCGCCCACCACAGUGGGUACCCUCUGCAGCCGCAGUGACCUGCAUCAAGGGGCCUUGGAUCCCAAGGCUGAGGCGUGCAUGCAGGACAGCGGGCUCCUGCUGUCACCCAGCAUACAGAAGGCGCUGGAAGGCGUGCAUUACAUUGCCGAUCACCUGCGGGCUGAGGACACUGACUCUUCGGUGAAGGAAGAUUGGAAAUACGUUGCCAUGGUAAUCGACAGGAUAUUCCUCUGGCUGUUUAUCAUUGUCUGCUUCCUGGGGACCAUCGGACUCUUUCUUCCUCCGUUCCUGGCUGGGAUGAUCUGAUUUCAC